AUGAACACACCGAGUAACACCACCCUUCCACACUCCUCCCUCCGUCCCUCCCUCCGAGCUCGCUCAUCCUCCAUCGCACUCACUCCCCUCGCCCAACUAGGCACAACCCGGCCUCGUCCUCGCUCAAACUCGCUCAUCCCACAAAGAAAAGAGGACGAGAUAGGCAUGGGGGUCACUUACCUCCCACCUCCCUCUCCACCGACAGAUGACAUCCCUCUCUCCCUCUCCGUACUCGCUCUCAAGGACACGUUCGACCUCCCAGCCCCAGUAGCACUGGCCAUCGACCGCCCUAGUUCGGUGUACACCGCAGCCCUAGGAGCAGUCAGCAGCACCCGCGCAUCCCUGGCCCGCCUUCUGACGCCAAAACGCUCUAUUCCGCCAAAGGACGUCAGCAGGAUCGCAUUGGAGGUCAUACCCCCAGUGGACGUACUUACUCCACCUCCCUCUCCUUCCCCAAUAGUCCUAGCCGACUCCCUCCCGUUACCAGCGAGUACGACCCUCUCCUCCCCCUCCCUAGCCCCCUUCCCCCGCAAACCGAGACGCAUCAUCUCCCUCAUCCUAGCCCUCUCAGCCCUCUUCCUCCUCUCCACUUCCCUCCUCCUAGGCCUGCUCUACACCCUGCCCAUCCACCUCUCCCACUUCCCCACAACACUUAGCGAACUCAACUCCCUCGGUGCCCAGCUCCGCACCUACGCAGACUCCUCCCUUACCGACCAGCCCUCCUCCCUCAGCGGAAGACUACACGUCCUCCUCGUCCUAGGGUACGCCCUCCUAUGGUCAAACGCAUGGUCCAUCCCAGGGAGCAUAAUCCUCAACGUGCUCACCGGAGUCCUCCUCUCCCCAAUAAGCGCAACGCUGUACCUCACAUCCCUCACCGCUCUCGGCUCUGUACUAGCCACCGCGCUGACGCUGCCCGCAGUCCCGCUCCUUCCAAGUUUCUCCCUCUCGUCAACCCAGCCAGCCCUACUCGCCCUCCCCCAACUAUCGCCAAACCAUCUCGUCCUCCUCCGUCUCUCAGGCCUAGCACCAUGGUCCUUGCUAAACAUCUACUCUGCUCUCCACCUAACGCCAUUCAGUACGAUCAUAUGGACGUGCAUGCUCGGGUGUGCACCUUGGUGCGCUGUUACAGCCCAAGUGGGAGCGUUGCUCGCAGAGCUCACUGCGGGUGCAGAGGGAGGAAGCGUAGGGGAAGUACUGCGCAGACCCUCGGUGCUGGGAAAGCUUGUGUUCCUGAGCUUGUUGGGAGCGGGGCCGGUACUGAUGAAGAGCUGGAUAAGGGGAAGGCUGGGGGACGUUGGGGAGGUUGUGGAAGGAGAGGAGCCGAAGGGCUGGGUGAGUUGGAGUACUUGGAGUUGGAGUUGGAGCUGGGCUGGGUGGGCGAAGGGCUGGGGAGGAACUGGGAGAGGGGGGGCGUAUGCCAGGGUUGCGAGGGAUGAGAGGGAGAGGGAGAUGGACGAGCAGGAGCAGGAGCGGAGGGAGGUGACACAAGCACGGGAGAUGCAGCAGCAGGUGCAGGGACAGGAACGAUGA